UUUGCAAUCGGCGGCCUGCGAGGCCUGCGCUCCGGACUUGGCUGUAAGGGGCGGCAGCAGAGGCCAGUACUGACCGACCGAGCGCUAUGUGUCCAGGGUCCCCAGACUGACCAGAGCAGGGCCCGAACGGCCAGCAUGUGGCUAAACCCGGAGGAGGUGUUGCUAGCCAACGCGCUAUGGGUGACAGAACGAGCCAACCCUUUCUUCAUCCUGCAGCGACGGAGGGGCCAUGGCAAAGGCGGCGGCCUGACAGGUUUACUGGUGGGAACAUUGGAUGUUGUGUUGGAUUCAAGUGCUCGUGUUGCACCAUACAGAAUAUUGCAUCAGACACAAGAAUCUCAAAUCUAUUGGACAGUGGCGUGCGGAUCCUCUCGAAAGGAGAUCACAGAACACUGGGAAUGGUUAGAGAAUAAUCUGCUUCAGACUCUCUCUAUCUUUGAAAAUGAGGAGGACAUCACUACUUUUGUCAAAGGAAAAAUCCAUGGCAUCAUUGCUGAGGAAAAUAAGAGUCUGCAACCUAAGGAUGAGGAGGACCCUGGAAAGUUUAAAGAAGCCGAACUGAAGAUGCGGAAACAGUUUGGGAUGCCUGAGGUAGAAAAACUGGUCAACUAUUACUCUUGUAGCUACUGGAAAGGACGGGUGCCUAGGCAAGGCUGGCUCUACCUUACCGUCAAUCAUCUCUGCUUUUACUCCUUCUUGCUGGGCAAAGAAGUAACCUUGAUUAUCCAGUGGCUUGAUGUCACUCAGCUUGAAAAAAAUGCCACCCUGCUCUUUCCGGAGUGCAUCAAGGUCAACACACGUGACAGCGAAUAUUAUUUUUCGAUGUUUCUCAACAUUAGCGAAACUUUCAAGCUGAUGGAGCAGCUGGCCAACAUCGCUAUGAGGCAGCUCCUGGACAACGAGGGCUUCUUAGAGGAUAGAAACCUUCCAAAACCUACCCGUCCCUUGAAAAACAUCUCUGCUCUGAAAAGAGACCUGGAUGCCCGGGCAAAGAAUGAACGGUAUAGAGCCACUUUCCGACUACCCAGAGAUGAGCGACUGGAUGGCCACACAGACUGCACGUUAUGGACACCUUUUGCAAAAAUGCACAUCCCUGGUCAGAUGUUUGUCUCCAAUAACUACAUUUGCUUUUCAAGCAAAGAGGAGGAUACAUGUCUUCUUAUUAUACCCCUUCGCGAAGUCACUAUUGUGGAGAAGGCAGACAGUUCAAGUGUGCUACCCAGCCCACUUUCGAUCAGCACCAAGGGUAAAAUGACCUUCCUCUUUGCCAAUCUUAAAGACCGAAACUUCUUGGUGCAGCGUAUCUCUGACUUUCUUCAGAAGACGUCCUCGAAAAGAACUGCAGUUGACAAUAGUGGGGAGUCAACAGUUGAGUACAGAAAAGGAAGCAUCGGGAAUCAUGGAUUAGAGGACCUUGCCAAGUUCACUACUAGUAGUCCAACUGAUGUUGGCCCUUCACCUUCCAUUCCUCAGAAUUCUUCCUCUGGACAUGCCCCCACUGCUUCUCAGGGUCUUCUCAAACUGUUUCCAAGAGGAGGGGCUGAAGAAGAGGGACCAAAAUGGGCCAAAGAGAAAAUGAAGGAGGAGUCUUGGAAUAUUCAUUUCUUUGAGUAUGGUCGUGGCAUUUGCAUGUACCGCACAUCAAAGACUCGAGAACUGGUGCUAAAGGGCAUUCCAGAGAACCUCAGAGGAGAACUUUGGCUUCUGUUCUCAGGGGCUUCAAACGAGAUGGCGACACACCCUGGCUAUUAUACUGAUUUAGUGGAGAAAUCCAUGGGAAAAGUCAGUCUUGCAACAGAUGAAAUAGAAAGGGAUCUUCAUCGCUCCAUGCCAGAACACCCAGCCUUUCAAAAUGAGCUUGGCAUAGCUGCUCUUCGACGAGUGCUAACAGCAUAUGCUUUUCGUAACCCUAACAUUGGUUAUUGCCAGGCCAUGAAUAUAGUAACCUCAGUGUUGCUACUUUACUGUAAUGAAGAGGAAGCAUUUUGGCUUUUGGUUUCUCUGUGUGAGCGCAUGCUCCCAGAUUACUACAACACACGAGUGGUGGGAGCCCUGGUCGACCAAGGUGUGUUUGAAGAGUUGACUCGGGAAAGCCUUCCUCAACUAUCAGAGAAAAUGCAGGAGUUAGGAGUGAUUUCCACAAUUUCUCUCUCAUGGUUCCUCACCUUGUUCCUGAGUGUAAUGCCAUUUGAGAGUGCAGUGGUUGUAGUGGACUGCUUUUUCUAUGAAGGAAUCAAACUUAUUCUGCAACUAUCUCUAGCAGUCCUGGAGGCCAACAUGGAGAGCCUUCUGAACUCCUGUGAUGAAGGAGAGGCCAUGACUAUCCUGGGAAGGUACUUGGACAACGUAGUGAACAAGCAGAGUGUGUCUCCUCCAAUCCCUCACUUGCAUGCUCUACUUACUAGUGGAGAUGACCCUCCCGUGGAGGUUGACAUAUUUGAUCUCAUCAAGGCAUCAUAUGAGAAGUUUGUGGACAUGCGAGCAGAUGCCAUUGAACAGAUGCGGUUUAAACAAAGGCUUAAAGUGAUCCAGUCUCUGGAGGAUACAGCAAAGAGGAGUGUGGUGAGAUCCAUCUCCACUGACCUUGGCUUUUCCAUGGAAGAACUGGAAGAUUUGUAUGUGUUGUUCAAGACACAGCAUCUAAUGAGCUGCUAUUGGGGAGCUAACCGCACAUCCAGCAGUCGACACGACCCCAGCCUGCCUUAUCUGGAGCAAUACCGUAUUGAUGUGGAACAGUUUCUGGAGCUAUUUAAUCAACUCUCACCUUGGUCUUUUGGCCAACACUCCAACACUGUUGCUGCCCGAAUAUUCCGAAUGCUGGACAGUAACAAGGACUCUCUAAUAAAUUUCAAGGAAUUUGUGACAGGGCUUGGUGGGAUGUAUCAUGGAGAUAUGACGGAAAAACUGAAGUUUCUGUAUAAGCUGCAUUUGCCUCCAGCUCUUGGCUCUGAAGAAACAGAAUCUGCACUGGAAGCAACAAGUUUUUUUACAGAGGAUAUAACGCCAGAAGUAUCUCCCUUUCUGUCCGAACUGGAUCUUAUUCUUCAGUGUGAGUUCCCAGAUUCUGAAGGUCAAGGGAAUGGAUCUGCAGCUGAGCAUGGGGACACCCAGUAUAAGAAAGAAGAGAAAACAAAUAGUGCUCCUGACUACAAGUAUUACCUGCGCAUGUGGGCUAGUGAAAAAGAGCAGAAGAAAGAGACUAUUAAGGACUUACCAAAAAUGAACCAGGAGCAAUUUAUUGAAUUGUGCAAGACAUUCUACAACAUGUUCAGUGAAGACCCUGUUGAACAAGAGCUAUACCAUGCUAUUGCCACAGUUGCCAGCCUCCUUCUGCGGAUUGGAGAGGUUGGUAAGAAAUUCAGCAAUCCACCGCUUAGGAAUGCAGGGGAUACACAUGCAAAUAUGACCAGGGAGCCAUCUAGUGAAGAGGAAGAGCAGAGUUUGGGUUUGGAGACUGGCCAACAAAAAACUGUGGAACAGUUAGAACAGGCUGCGGAGGAUAUCCCAGUGUCAUGCAAUACUCAAGCAGUACUCACCCAAGAUGACAUCCAGAAACUACAAGAGGAAACAAGGGGAGCACUAAAAAACAGCCCUCCAACACAACCAGGUUCAGAUGAUGAAACAAAGGACGAUACAUCUGUGUCCUCCUACUCCAUGGUCAGUGCCACCUCACUGCAAUGUGAGGAUAUUGCAGAUGAUACUGUUUUAGUAGGUUGUGAAGGGGGAAACUCAACACCCAAAUAUGGCAGCACCAUUGACACUGAAUGGUCAAUUUCCUUUGAACAGAUUCUGGCCUCAAUUCUGACAGAGGCUGCCCUGGUUAGCUACUUUGAAAAGAAAGUGGACAUAGUUCAGAAAAUUAAACAGAAGAAAGUUGAAAGGCAAAUAAGCUCUUCAAGUGAAUAUGAACUUUCUUCUGUCUCAGGAUGAUAAGGUUAUAUAAUUCCUUGGAGGAUGAAAUUAAAUCCACUGAUCCUGUUUUACUUUACAUUGAGAGCAAACUUUUCACAUACAUGUCAUUCUUUACUCACUAAUAUACUGAGCUAAAUGUUUUAUGCAUCUUCCUUCAGUAGCUUAUGUAUGCUCAUAUCUUAAAGAAGAUUUGGCUUAUUGGAAUUGUCUUGCACUCUGAAAAAAUGCUAAGUAAAAUUGGAACGUUGUCCUUUAAGCUUUUAAUUGUAACCUUCAAUUAUAUGCAUGUGUCCCUUCAACAAUAUUCUUUCAAUGGGCAGUUUUAUAUUCUAUGCACCUGCACCUUGUCCUACUGCAUAUCACUGGUUGCUUUCUUGGGCUGUUAACAGAAUAAUUUCCUUCUAUGUGCACUAUAUAGUAUUAAUGAAAUAGUUUCAGCCACAAAGCAUUAUUCCCUUGACUGUCAUGAUAAGUGAGAAAUACAUUCAGAAGAUUAAGAUUAGGGCAAUGUAUUCCUUUGCUACCAGUUAUCUGGUAUUUCAUGAACUAUCGUUGUCAAUUUUGUGCCUAAGUGAUGUAGGAUCCCAGGGUAGUAGUGAUGCAUAAGAUGUACAGCUUGUCGCUAAUGUGCAAUAUUCUAGUAUAUUAUACAAAGCAGUAUAUAGUAUAAAUAGAUCCUUUUCUCAGCAUAUUGUGUCUUCUGAUUCAUUUUUAGUUCCCAAUAUGUUCAACAUUGUUAUACUAAUUAAACACUAUCCUUUUAAAAAAGAAAAAUCUUAAUAUAUUGAGAGCUACUAUCUCUAAAGUCUUGCCAUUGGUUGCAUUGUUUUGUAAGAUAACUAGACAGCCACUUAAUUGGCAAACUUUAUGAUGCUGCUCAAUAUUUCAUUUCAUAUUUUUUCGCCUUUUUACAACCCAGCAAUUUCUAAACUAACUGGCAGCCUAGAUUCACUUUCUUUCUGUUUUCAUUACAUUCCAACUUAAGAUAAGCUGUGAGAAGUAAUGUUAUUACGUAUUGUAUUUCCAAUAUGUUUUUCCUAUAAUUACCAUGGAUUUGCUCAUGGUAUUAUAAAUUAUGUCCACUACACAAAGUGAAAGCAAAGGCAAUUUGCUAUGCCUGAGUGUCAGAAAGCCAGAUGUUUUUCUAUUUUUAUGUAUUUUCUUCACAUUAAACAUUUCUGUUCUCAGUGUGAAAAAAACCCAUAACUUAUGGUCCUUUUUAGUAGAUUUGAUUCAUUUCAGUUAUUGAAGGUGAAGGAGUAUCUGGGUCUACCACUCGUCCAAAACUAGAAGAACCUGUGGAAGGUAGAGUUCCUGGGGCUGUGGAUGCAAAAUGUUUAAAAUCGAGUAUUAUAAUGGGGCUAAAGACUCCACAACUGCAGUUACAGGCUUCCACUGAUAAAGCCUCCAGAAUUUAAAAUUAAGGUGUUCACGUUAUUCCAGCUUGGCCUGACAACAGUCCGUUUAGUAAACCAAAUUUGUAACAACAUCAAUUAGUUAUGUCACAUAAAUAUUAUUUAUUUUGGAAGAAACCCCUUGUUUGUAAGUUCAUGUCAUUAAAGUUGUGUCAGUUUGAUUAUUUUUAUUCUCACAAAGUAUCUUGCUAAAGUAUUAGAUUUACAUUAUGCUGGUAGUACUGUAUGAUGGUAUCCUAAUCAUGGAUUUAAAAAAUAAACCGCUGUUUGAAGAAAAAAAAAAUGAAUUAUGGCCUUUUACUUGUACCACUGGGUUUAAAAUUAAAUGUAUUGUCUUCUGAAUUUUUAGCGUUCUAACGUGAAUUAAAUUAUGCACGUUUUUGAUGAGUAAUGGUGUGAAGAUUAAAAUAUAGAUGUCUUCUGGUUGUUCCUUUCUGUUUAUAAAUUUGAUGUGUCAAAGCCCCCUUGUGUUAAUAUAAGUGGUUGGCUUCGUGAAUUGUUCACAUCAUACCAUAAUUUAUUCUAUUUUUAAAUCUUAAAACUUUAAAUGUCGAUUUUUAGUCAUCUUUGAUUGUUCAUGCACUCAAUAAAACACAUAAUAAACCAGAAAACAACAAA